GCAAAUACCAGUUCAGGCAGCUUUCUUGGAGAGAACUUGAGAUCUCAUCAUUUCUGCAAGAGAAGGUGAAACUGGCCAGGAAGAGGGCCAAAGGAGCUUCUGACUUGCCUACACCCCACAGCCUCUGAUACAAACAUGGCUGACGCCCAGGACGACGCUCUGAGGAUCGUUCUGGUCGGGAAAACCGGAAGUGGGAAAAGUGCGACGGCAAACACCAUCCUCGGGAAAAAGGUAUUCGAAUCUAAGAUUGCUGCGGAGGCUGUUACUAAAACUUGUCAGACAGCAUCCCGGAAAUGGAAGGGCAGAGACCUUCUCGUUGUUGACACCCCAGGUCUCUUUGACACCAAGGACAGCCUGAACACCAUGCGCCAGGAAAUCAGCCGAUGUGUCCUCCUCUCCUGCCCGGGGCCCCACGCCAUCGUCUUGGUCAUACAGCUGGGCCGCUACACGGAGGAAGAGCAGAAAACCGUGGAGUUGAUCAAGGCUGUGUUUGGGGAAGCAGCCAUGAAGCACAUGCUCAUCUUGUUCACUAGAAAAGAAUUGCUGGACGACCAGAGGCUAAGCCACAAUGUGGAAGAUGUGGAUGUAAAGCUACGAAGUCUCAUUAGGGAGUUUGGAGACCGAUGGUGUGCCUUCAAUAACAGGAGUACAGACCAGGCAGAAAACGAAGCUCAGGUGCAGGAGCUGGUGGAGCUGGUAGACAAGAUGAUGCAGGACAACAAAGGGACUUACUUUACUGACAAAAUAUACAAGGACACAGAGGUAGAAUUGAGAAAGCGGGAGGAAGUCUUGAAGAAAAUCUACGCUGAUGAGUUAGAAAUAGAAAUCCUAAAAGUGGAAAUGGAGUGUGAGCAGGCAUGCAAGGAGAGUAUACAGGAAAAGGAGAGAAAAAUUCAAUUACUAAACAUGGAAUAUGAAAAAAAGCUGAGAAAUGUUAGGGAGGAGGCCCAAAACAAUAUCUUUAGCCAAAUAUUUGAUGGAAUUAUGAAGUUGCUUUUAAAAGCAUUUCAUUUGUUCAAGAACUAACCUUUUUUUUGCAAUUUACUAUGGUUAGUGAAGCGUCUCUGCAGCUCACUCCCUAUCACUCUGCAUGCCGGUCCCUCCCCGCAAACAUCAAUGUAUUUAAGAAAUUACAAAAUUGCUAAGUUUGAGCACGAGUUUAUAGGACAUGGUUUUAAGACUCAAGUGGGGGACUUCCCUGGUGGCGCAGUGGCUAAGAAUCCACCUGCCAAUGCAGGGGACACAAGUUAGAUCCCUGGUCCAGGAAGAUCCCACAUGCCUGGGAGCAACUAAGCCCAAGCGCCACAACUACUGAACCUGUGCUCUAGGGCCCACAUGCCGCAACUACUGAAGCCCACAUCCCUCCACUCCUGCUCUGCAACAAGAGAAGCCACAGCAGCUAGAAGCCCGCCCUCUGCAAGGAAGUAUAGCCCCCCUCACUGCACCUAGAGAAAGCCCGCUGGCAGCAACAAAGACCCAAUGCAGCUAAAUAAAUACAUAAAUAAAUUUAAAUCAAACAAACAAACAAACCAAAAGACCCAAAUGGAAGGAAUUUCAAGGCUGGAACGCAUCCCAUAUUGAACGUUAGCACGACCUGUGACGCCCAUUACACAGGCCCCUCGUGAGCAUUUCGUAACCGUCAGCUAAGUGUCCGUUCCCCAGCAGCAGUGUUAUCUGGUUUGUGAGGAAUGAGAUGAUAAAUGUUUGCUGUUUUUAGCCACUAAGUUUUGGGGAAAUUUGUUACACAACAGUAGAUAACUAGUACAAGAUGUUUGUGCAUAUAUGCAAAAUAUUGCUUUAAAUACUGGCCACUGUGCUUGCCACUGGGGAAGGGAACUUCAGAUUCUGGGACCAGGGGUGGGAGGAAAUUUACUUUUUAUUAUAGGUCCUUUGAUCUAUUUCAGUAUAUUGUUUAUUCAACAAUGAACAUAGAGACAAAUAAUAACAUUUGUAACAUCCUCCAAUAAAAAAUAAUUCCA